CCUGCAAAAGGGAGGAGGACCAGCUGCUGUCCUCUCUUCAGCAGGACUUUAUCUCCAGCAACUCUCACCACCCAGGUUUUGCUGAAGGGAAGAAAAGGAAGCAGCAUUUGCAAUUAUGUUCUCUGGGUUCUUGCUUGUUCUCUCUCUUGUUCACAGUUCUUUGCAGCUGGCAGACAUUAAAACAUUUUUACUAUAUAAUAAAGUCAACAGGCUCUGUCUUGAGGCAUCUAUUGCACAGUCAGUUAGAACUGCCACUUGCAAUCAAGACAAUGAGUCACAAAAAUUCAGGUGGAUCACAGAUCAUCAGCUUAUGAGUGUGAAACUGAAACUAUGCCUGGGGGUGCCAUUGAAGAAGGAUCAGGCCAUGGUCACCCUGUAUCCCUGUAAUCAAAAAAGUGAACUCCAGUGGUGGGAAUGCAGAAAUGAAAGCCUCCUUGCAAUCCGAGGAGAAGAUUUAUUUUUCAGUCCUGGCAAUGAAGAGCACGAUAAUGUUUUGUUAAAGAAGGAGCUGAGUGCAAAGAAUACAUGGAAUAUCUAUGGGGCCACGGAUAUUUUAUGUUCCCAGGGAUAUGAAGAGACCUUCACGCUGCUAGGAAACGCUUUUGGGGCUCCGUGUGUCUUCCCAUUCCAGUACAGGCAGCAGUGGUGGGCAGAGUGCACGGCCGCGGGCCGCGCCGACGGCUGGCUCUGGUGUGCCACCACGGCCAGCUACGACACGGACCAGCGCUAUGGCUUCUGCCCCUCCGGAGAUAAAGACAGCACAUGGACUACAGAUCUGUCAAGAAAUGUUCACUACCAAAUAAAUUCUGACUCGGCUCUCACGUGGCACCAAGCCAGGAAGAGCUGUCAGCAGCAAAAUGCAGAAUUACUGAGUAUCACAGACAUUCAUGAACAAUCAUACCUUAACGAAUUAACAGCAGGUACAGAUUCUGCACUGUGGAUUGGACUCAACAGGCUGGACUUGAGUAGUGGAUGGGAGUGGAUUGGAGGCAGCCCUUUCCAGUACUUAAACUGGGCUCCAGGAAGCCCAUCUCCAGAAUCUGGAAAGCUCUGUGCGGUUUUGAAUCCUGAAACAAAAGCUAAAUGGCAAAAUUGGGAAUGUGAUGAGAAACUUGGUUAUAUUUGUAAGAAAGGGAACUUUACUUUGUUUCCUUCAGGUGACCCUGGGCCUGUGACUUGCCCAGAUGGAUGGGUGCCAUAUGCAGAGCACUGCUACAGGAUCUUCAGGGACAGCAAAGGAUGGGAAGGAGCUUUGACCUCUUGCCAGAAGGAAGGGAGUCACUUGGCCAGCAUCCAAAGCCUAGAGGAGCACAGCUUUAUGGUGUCUCAGCUUGGGUACAAGCCAACAGACAAGCUGUGGAUUGGGCUGAAUGACCGUAAGGUUCAAAUGUAUUUUGAGUGGAGUGAUGGUACCCCAGUGACUUACACAAAGUGGCACCUGGGAGAGCCAUCCACUACAAACAACAGGCCAGAAGACUGUGUCCUGAUCAAGGGCCAGAAUGGCUAUUGGGCAGACUAUGUCUGUGAGAAAAAGGCUGGCUACAUUUGUAAAAAAAAAGCUACAUCACAAAUAGCUGGAGAAAAAGAAAUUACCGCUCCAGGUUGCAAAAAAGGCUGGAGAAGAUAUGGGACCUACUGCUAUUUUAUUGGACAUGUUCCAGCAACAUUUUCAGAAGCAAAAACCACUUGUGAAGGAGAAGAAGGUUACUUAGCCACAGUUGAAAGUAGGUAUGAACAAGCCUAUCUGACUAGUCUUGUUGGGCUGAGACCUGAGAAAUAUUUCUGGCUUGGACUCUCUGAUGUGCAGGAUCGAGGCACUUUCAGCUGGGCCAAUGGUGAAGCUGUGUCCUUCACACACUGGGAUGCAGGAAUGCCUGGAAAUAAUCCAGGAUGUGUAGCCAUGAGAACUGGGACUGCAGCUGGAUUAUGGGAUGUUCUUGACUGUGAGACAAAGCAAAAAUAUAUUUGUAAGCAGUGGGCAAAGGGUGCAACAGUUCCACCUGUUCCAACUUCUGCUCUGGUCCCUACAUGCCCUGAAGGUUGGGUAUCAAACAACCAUGGAAAUUCCUGUUUUAAAGUAAGUGCCUAAAUAGUUA